AUGUACUCAACCAGCACUCAAAAAAGAGAGUGGACUUUCAGUAAGGAAGAAAUUGAAGAAAAACGUCGAUUGGCCAAUGAAUCAUUUCGGAACAAACAACGUGAACUACUUCAACCUGGUGAGGAAGCAAUAUUUCUCACUGUAGAGGAAGAGGCUCAAAUGAUCGCAGUGGUGGAAAGUGCAGCAAUCCGAUUUUCCGACACAUUUCGACCGUGUAUGUGGCCAUCAGUACGCUGGACAGCUUAUGCAUAUUUUAAACGACUUUUUCUUGGAUGGUCAGUGAUGGAAGCAAGUCCAAAGAUAGUGAUGAUGGCAUGUUUCUAUUUGGCUAUGAAAGUUGAGGAGUUCUAUGUGACCAUCGAUGAGUUUGUUGCAAAUUUAAAAUCUGGAACUCCAGAGCAGAAUACUACUCGUAUUCUAGGACUAGAACCAGAAAUCAUGCGAGCUCUACGCUAUCAAAUAACAAUUCAUUCUCCAUUCCGGCCAUUCGAAGGACAUCUAGUGGAGAUGAAGGCACGGAUGUUACUGCUCAAUUUCAAUGUAGAAGCAAUUCGAGAGCCUGCUGAUCAGUUCUUUAGAAAAGCACUUCUGUCAGAUGUGAUGCUCAUGUAUCCACCCUCACAGAUAGCCUUAGCGGCUUUGAAAUACGGGUUGGAUUCUUUAGUUGAGUUUUUUUUCAGUUUUGAUUGCAAGUCGCCUGAUGUUCUCAACGAAUUUCUGCAAAAACUUAUGGGUGUCGAGGACGACUGGAAGGGGAUGCAUGGAGACGCGUUACAUACUAUUGAAAAACUGAUAAUUAGAUUAACUGACAUCAUCAGUGUUGUUAAUAAUGGUCCAAAACCAUUAACGGCCGCUGAGCACGCUUCGAUCCAGGCAAGAACUGAAGAUUGGGCCUCGUUAAACCUUGCUCUUGAAGAACGUCGUCAGUCAAGGCCGGGUUACGCAAAGAAGGAGGAACCAGUCGACUCGGAUGAUGAAUAG